AUGUGGUGUGGUGGGUUCUUCUUGAUGUGUAUGAUCCAUUCUGCAGUGGCGCUGAUCUCCGGCGGGCUGAUGAUGUUCUACACCGACGAGGCGCUGGCGGUGGGGUCGACGGCGCACGACCGGCUGCUAAUCCGGACGUCGGAAUCUUUCUCCGGCCUGCUGCUGUCGGGGGUGGGGGUGGUGCUGUUCAUGGUGGCGUUCGUGAAGGACGGGCAGUUCCAGAGCUUCUUCGCCAAAGGCUGCGCUGGCCUCCACGUGGCGGUGGCGAUCUGGCGGUUCUGCUGCCAGAGGGAGGUGGAGGUGCUCGCCGGCGACUGGCUCAGGCUCGCCGGCGGCGACAUCGCCCUCGGAGCUUCCUGGGUUUUGUUCCUCGUCCAUUCUUGGACUGACACGUACGAUUAA